GGCGGAGCGGCGGUGCAGGGAGUACCCGUGCGGGCUCCUAGGAGCCGGCGGCCGGAGGGAGGAGAAGAAGAGGAAGAGGGCUCGGGUGUCCGGCGGGAGUUGAGGGGCUGCCGUGAGCAGAGGGCAGCAGGGCCAUGUCGCUGCAGAGCCCUUCGGCGGCCACGGCGACUGCCGACCUACCCCCCGACCCGGGCAGCGGUGCGGAGCUACCGCCGGGCGCGGAGCUGAACCAUGGCAGCGCGGAGCCCCCGUCAGCCGAGGAGGGCGGCGGGUGUGCGGAGGAGCAGGAGGAAGAAGGAGAGAAAGAGCGAGAGAAACUGCUGCCCAUCCCGUCGGCGUCCAGCGCGGCUGCUGGGGGGUUGGAGAGAGGAGCCAAAAAUCAGUUUUCGACUUUCAGCAAUUUCAUCACAACUAUCAACCAAAAGAAAGAAGGCAUCGGAAACAGAAAUUCUCCUACGCAACUUGUUAUACCCAACAUCAAAAAUGUGAGAGACUUACCACCUAUAUGCCUCGAUGUACGACAAAAGCAGCGCAUCUCUAUAGACACACUACCCCAAGAACUGAAAGCACCAAUUCCUCCUGAACGUUCCCUUCCUAUCCGAACCAAAACUGUGAAGGAUUUUCAGGAUGAUGUUGAAAAGGCUAAGUCAUCAGGAGAUUGGAAAGCUGUACACGAUUUUUAUACUACAACAUUUGAUUCUUUCUUGGAGAUAAACGCUGCAUUUAAGAAAGAUGCCAAUUCUCCAUUUAAUACCACUGAAGACUCUGGAAUCGAUGCAAAUUUUGUGAAUGUUGUUUAUGAUGCCUUAUUAAAUACUCCUCAAGAUGUUCAGAAAUCAGUCCUAAAAGGAGUAAUUAAUGGUCUGCUACAAGAAUGGACAGGGCCACGAACAAAAGAUGAUCUUAGAGCAUACUGUAUACUUCUACAGAAUCCUCAAUUUAGUAACACUUCUACUUAUGUCAUCUAUGCUCACUUGCUAAGACAGAUAGCAGCCUUAACAGAAGCUGACCAUCAUUUCCUAGUGCACUGGUCUAAAAAGAUUUCGCAGAAGAGGUUCAAGCAGCUGGUGGACAGGUUACUGCAAUUUAUUUCUUUACGCUUGUUUCCUGCAAAACCUGAAGAGUUUCCACCUAUGGUGAAAUGUACCUGGUGGAUUCCAUCAGCAGCCAAAGUCUUGGGUUUAUUUAAUGCUGCAAAUUGUCUGAUCAGUCCUCCUAUUAUUUCAUAUACGGAUUUCUACAAUUCUACACUUGAUCAUAUUGAUCUUAUGGAAGAAUAUCAUAACUGGCAAUGUUACGGAAAUUCUCACAGGUUUUCUUUCUGUCAAUACCCAUUUAUUAUUUCUAUAGCGGCAAAAAAAGUUAUUAUUCAAAGGGACUCAGAACAACAGAUGAUAAGUAUUGCACGGCAAAGCCUUGUGGAUAAAGUAUCUCGCAGACAGAAACCUGACAUGAACAUGUUGUUCCUAAAUGUGAAAGUGAGGAGGACGCACCUUGUUAGUGAUUCACUUGAUGAGCUAGCAAGGAAGAGAGCAGAUCUGAAAAAGAAGUUGAAAGUCACAUUUGUAGGGGAGGCUGGUCUUGAUAUGGGUGGCCUGACAAAAGAAUGGUUUCUUCUUCUGAUUCGCCAGAUUUUUCAUCCAGAUUAUGGCAUGUUCACCUACCACAAGGACUCACACUGCCAUUGGUUCAGCAGCUUUAAGUGUGAUAACUAUUCUGAAUUCAGACUGGUUGGAGCUCUUAUGGGACUUGCUGUGUAUAAUAGCAUCACUUUGGAUAUCCGUUUUCCACCUUGCUGUUACAAGAAAUUAUUGAGUCCUCCCAUUGUUCCCUGUGAUCAUAACACACUUGUAGGCAUCUGUGCUGUCACAUUAGAUGACCUGUUUCAGAUUAUGCCUGAACUGGCUCAUGGACUAAGUGAACUUCUAUCCUAUGAGGGCAAUGUUGAAGAGGACUUUUACUCAACCUUUCAGGUUUUUCAGGAAGAAUUUGGUGUUAUAAAAUCUUACAACUUAAAGCCAAAUGGAGAUAAAAUCCCAGUCACAAAUCAGAAUAGGAAAGAGUAUGUGCAGCUCUAUGUUGAUUUUCUUAUCAACAAAUCAAUCUACAAACAAUUUGCAGCUUUCUAUUACGGAUUUCAUAGUGUCUGUGCUUCAUAUGCAUUACUGUUACUUCGUCCAGAAGAGGUUGAAAUUCUUGUCUGUGGCAGUCCUGAACUGGAUAUGUCUGCUUUACAGAGGAGUACCCAAUAUGAGGGCUACCAAAAAACUGAUCUCACUAUACGAUACUUUUGGGAUGUAGUGCUUGGAUUUUCUCUUGACCUUCAAAAGAAGCUGCUACAUUUUGCUACUGGAAGUGAUAGAGUACCUGUGGGAGGAAUGGCUGACUUGAAUUUCAAAAUUUCAAAGAGUGAAACAUCCACUAAUUGGUUACCUGUGGCCCAUACCUGCUUCAACCAGCUUUGUCUCCCUCCUUACAAGAACAAGAAGGAACUGAAGCAGAAGUUGAUCAUUGGAAUUUCAAAUGCUGAGGGGUUUGGUCUAGAAUAAAAUGAAAUACUUCAAGAACAGCAUUUUUAUGUAGCAUUCACUCUUCUGAUUGUGCCUUUAAGCUUUUUGUUGUUAUGUCUCUUGAUACUGUGCCAGUCUUACCUAGUGUAGAUUUUUUCUUUUAAUUAAAUAUGAAGUGUAUUUUUUUCCUGAAUGGCAAUACAUUUACUGCUUGCUUUGUCACAGAAAGUAGCUUUCUUUGUACAAAAAGCUAGUCAGUUUGAUAAACGAAACCUAAGACAAUUUCUAAGUUAUAGUUUAUUUCUGGUUUUAUUUAAUAGCACUUUAUCAUUAAUCAUAAUUGCUUUAUAUUGCAGGUAUCCUACUGGGAUAUAGUAUACAGAAUAUUUCUUUAUUAGCUAAUCCCAGUGGUAGAAUGUUUUCAAUUAACAUGAAUAAUAAGAAAAAAUACGACAUACAGCAUGUAGCCAUAUUUUCACAAAGGCAAGUAGGAAUUUUAGUCUUUAUAAAAUGUAUGCAGUUUUAAUAUUCUGGUUUUCCUUCUCAACAAAACAGGCUAUCUAAGAAGCAUGUAAAUAACUGCCUGUGAAAAAAAUAGGGUUUUGAUAGUGCCAUUUACUGCUAAAAAAUCAUUUUUUUUAUAAAUAAGAGGUUUUGGAUGUUCUAUAUUCAGCUUUUACACUUGGCUGUACAAGAGUGUUAAAAGUGAAAACUUUUUUCAGUUUGAGGGGAUUCAGAUUCAAACUACAGGUGUUAAGCAGCUUGUGUGUUCAUUCUUUGACAGCAAACUAACCAGAUCUACUGUAGCGUUAUAGUAAACGGAACUAGAUAUUUAAAAUACAUUCUACAUAUGGUGAAAUACUUCAGGAAAAGAAUUAAAUCUACAACACAUGGAAAACUGAAAGUAUAUCAUGCUUUUUUUUUUUUCAGCAACUUUCUUAAAAGUCUUAAGUAAGCUGUGACAAAAGUGAGUACAAUAACAUUUCUGAAGAAUGUUGAAGCUUUCACUAACUUGAAGGCCAGCAUUUAAAGACAAUGUUUUGUGGUUUUCACUGCAUAAGCUACAUGAAAAGAAUUCUUGGUGUGCCUGCUCUGAGUUAGUGAUUAGGAGCUGGGAAAAAAACUGGUUCUAAAAUGCAGAUGUAAUUAUAAGUCUGGGUUUUAUUCAUUAAAUGGAAAGAAUUUAUCAGCAUGCAGUACAGUACUUUCUUAAAUAUGAAUAGCUGCUGUGUGUUCUAUAGAUUUUUCUUUUAGCUGAAUGAGGCCCGGAUCAUUCAAGGCACUUUGGCAUCUGUCAGCUAUCCACAUUGAUCUUCUGGGGUAUGGAUGCUUAAGUAUCUUGUGGAGUCUAUACUCAAUUACUUAUUUGCAAUAAGAGUAAAAUAUCUUACUAUUCUUGUUUUCCCUUUCUGUAUUAUUUGCAUAUAACCAACAUAUUUAUAUAUGAUGAACAAAUUAAUCUUCCUAAUUCAUAUUUUCAAAGCCAUUGUGGAUUUUCUGCAAUAGCUAAAUGUAAAUUUUAUUCUUUUUCAUAGAGAAGGUACUGGUGAUUUUACUGUUUUAUUAAAGCAGAGAUAAAUAGUAGGAUAUUUUAAAAUAUUUGUCAUUGUAUUCAUUGUGCUCUCUUUGAAACUGAUCUGAAAGCUUCCAUUGACUUUAGCCUGGAAGAAAACUAGGUUAGCAUGGAGGGUGUUAAAAGCAGCACUUUGCACUUGUGCAUUUUAUAUUGGUUUCCCAAAUGUAGAUUUUUUUUAAUAAAUUUUGAUUCAUCAGAUGUCAGAUAUUUAGAAAUAAAUGAAUCUUUCACCAUUGCACUGAAUGAACUAAAUGGCUUCAAGCAGUGUUAAAUUUUUAAUAGCAAAAUGUGGAAGUAGGUAAGAAAUCUGGAAACAAAGGCAUGUCCCCCUUCCCCUCUCUGUAGAAUUGGUUUCAUGGGUGUUUGGCUUAUGAAUAAAUAGCUAUACAGUUUAUCUGAAAACAUGGCAAAUUAGCCAAAAUAUUUUUUUAUGGCAUAAGCCCACUUUUAAUAACUAUUUAUCUAUUAUUGUUAAAAUAAAGCUUUUAUCUUCUUAUUUUCACUGAAUUGCACUUUGCCUUGGGUUUAGUUUUAUUUAUGGAAGCUUUUUUGGUUUACUGUGUAAUAUUACCUCAGAAUUCUAAAAAGGCUAUUGUAUUCGCAUCAGUUUUUAAAUAAGAUUGUCAUUCAAUGACAUUUUAUAUAUUUCCUGAUGUUGAUAAAUUAAAUAGUAAAUUUUGUAUUUGUUAAAUGAAAGCAUUGCACUGUAUUUAUGAAAUAAGCUCUGAUCAUUUUAAAACUUUUAUUCAAUGAUGUUUUGCUGUUCUUGUCUUGCCCUGUAAUCCAGCAAAUCUUUUUUUAUCUCCAUCAUUGUUUUGUACCGUACAAAAGAAAUCUGGUUUGUAUAAACUUGUUCAUUACUAAGUAUCUAUUUUUAUGUAUUAGAUUUGUGCAGUCAUUAAAUAAAAUAUUUAAAUUUCUGGCCUCACUU